CUGUACUUAAUUAGCCAUUCGGACUGGUAGUGAUGGUGUUCUAACCAGUUUAGUUCUACUGUUUCUGCACAUGUGUUUCCAGUCUGUUUCGAUUGUUUCGAUAUACCUAUUCACUUACGUGUAGGUAUGGAUAGAGCUUUACAAAUAUUCCCACGCACCUACCUACAUACUACUUUAAAGUCAGUUAUGCUUAAAUCCAUCAGGAAGGUACAGCACGGAGAAUGCCCAAGGAAUGCUAGGUGGCGGCCAUGGAUUUAAGCUGGCAGCUACAGAUGUACUUCCCCAGAUUAUGGUUCCUCGGUUGAUCCUUUGAGUGGCGGGGCAGUGUCUAGCACUUUUGAAGGAGCAUUCCGUUGUAAGCCGAGGUGCCAAUAAGCAUCGAAAGGAUAACAACGGAGUUUGAACUUAUUAACCUGCUCGCAAUUGCCAUUUUACUAAUGUCAUGAGCUUAGUUUAACAUUUGUUUUACCGGGUUUAAAUAAUUCAUCUAGUUCAUUCGUCAACUAUCUCUUUUCCAGAUAUACUCUUGUGUCCCUUUAUACUCUGUGUUUAGGAAACCCCAAAAUGAUACUUCGACCAGGUGUAAUCAGAUCUACUGCUAGAAGCUCGGGGAUUCGAGCUUUCGGCGCACCGCGCUAUUUCUCAGCGCAAACCGCUCGGCGGCAAGAGGUUCGAGAUGCAUAUAUCUUAAGCGCAUCUAGGACACCCACCGCGAAGUUCAAUGGGUCAUUUCUCACAGUAUCCGCUCCACAGCUCGGCGCUGUUGCUAUUAAGUCAGCUUUGGAAAAGUCAAAAGUGCCGGUUGAGGAAGUGACAGAUGUUUAUAUGGGAAAUGUCUUGCAAGGUUCGAUUGGCCAGGCCCCCGCCAGACAAGCAGUUAUAUUUGCUGGUCUUCCCAAGACCGUUGAGGCCACCACCAUCAAUAAAGUUUGUGCUUCGGGGCUUAAGGCCGUUGUUUUUGCGGCUCAGAAUAUCCAACUAGGCUUGAGUGAGGUACAAAUUGCCGGAGGCAUGGAAAAUAUGUCGCAAGUUCCGUAUUAUGUUCCCCGUGCUAGCAGCUUACCCCCGUUUGGCCACGUCAAGAUGGAAGAUGGCCUCAUCAAGGAUGGAUUGACGGAUGUAUACGAUCAAUUCCACAUGGGAAUAUGCGCCGAAACAACUGCUAAGAAGCACAACGUCUCUCGAGAGGCACAGGAUGAAUAUGCAAUCCAAUCUUACGAGCGAGCACAAGCCGCAUGGAAGAACAAGGCCUUUGCAGAUGAAAUUGCCCCUGUUACUGUAAAAGGUCGGAAGGGCGAUACCAUAAUCGACACUGAUGAGGGUUACUUGGACAUCAAGCUCGAGAAAGUUCCCACGCUAAAGCCAGCUUUUAUUCGCGAUGGCACGGGUACCGUCACGGCGGCAAAUUCGUCUACGCUUAACGACGGUGCCAGUGCGCUAGUACUGGGAAGCAAAGAUAUAGCAAAGGAAUUUGGAACUGGCUCAAGAGUCCUAGCGAGGAUAUGUGGCUCUGCAGAUGCUGCAGUUGAUCCCGUGGAUUUCCCAGUUGCUCCGGCUAAAGCUGUGCCUAUAGCUCUAAAGCGUGCAGGUAUUACAAAGGAUCAGGUUGCGGUAUGGGAAUUUAACGAGGCGUUUGCUGCGGUCAUCAAAGCAAAUGAAAAGAUUCUUGGUCUUCAGGGUGCUAAAGUCAAUCCAUUGGGCGGUGCUAUCUCUCUAGGUCAUGCACUAGGUAGCUCGGGAUCUCGAAUUCUCACAACGCUGUUGCAUCAACUCAAGCCAGGAGAGUAUGGUGUUGCUGCUAUUUGCAACGGAGGUGGAGCGGCCACUGCUAUUGUAGUUCAACGUAUCGACUCUGUAUAAUUAGUGUGGGAUGCCUAGGAUGUAAUUC